GCAACUCCUGGGCUGUUACAGUAGGCAUCGGCCACAUUGUCUUGGCUUCGGCGGGCUAGCCCCAGCUGAGCUGGCCUGGUCUGCCUUGUAAUCCAGCUGGCAAUGUCUGAACUACAUCUGCAAGGGUCUCGCCCUCUGCCGCCGGCCCCCUUCUGUCAGCAGAAAGGGGCAUACCGGAGCUGCACUGGGAUGUGUCGUGGCGCCGCCUUGAAUUGAAGGCAGUUGGGACCAUUUUGCGAGGAGGGCUGGCAAUGAGCAGACCAUACUGCGAAGUUCAGGUUGGAGCUGUCGUUAGGGUUUUUUGCAGUCUCCGCUAUAUGCUCGAGGACUCGCGGCUGCAGGUCCAGCGCAGCAUGUUCGGCCUCCCUCAUUGCCGCCGCGCCCUCCGCGAAUCCCGACGGAAGAGUCGGCCCCUCUGCUGCACGCCCUCUGUCUGACGGCACGCCCGCCGCACGCCCGCCAUCGCCAUGAGGCACGUUCUUUCCUAUCACGCGCGUAUGGACUGGGUGCAGCAGAGCUCUGAGCCGAUUCUCGCCCCUGGCCUGCCCGACCUUGAGCUUCAAGGCGCGACGUGGACCCGUCGCGGCGGUCUGUGCCACUUUUUGCUCCUCCGCGUCGUGUGCUCCCUGCAGCCGACGCGGCGACGCGGGGGGCCUGGACAGGCGCGCAGACCCCUCCUCGGCGAUCGACGUUCGAUCCAGACCCCCUCGGCGCUGCUCCCCGCGCUGGGCGCCUGGGACAGCAGGGCACGGCCAACAAGCACGUUGCUCUGGAGGCGUCGAGGCGAGGGCCAGGGCCCGGGCAGCACGUCGAUCGCCCACCUCCUGCAAAUGCCCCCUUCGCCGCGUGCCGCGCGCAGAGGCGCGCUGCGGUCCCCGCAGCCUCCCCGCACCGGGGGCCUGCACGAGGCGGGCUCGAAAGCCCGUUCAAAUUAGCGCAUUCAUGGCGGAGGCCGCCGCACGGCGGCCCUUCCCUAUCGCUGCCCCUCCGUGUGCUCGCCUUUGGCCCGCCCUGCGCGCCUCGCGGGCGCCCCACAGCACGACAAGAGGGCCUCGCGCUGCGCUCGCGCGCAGCGGAGCCCUUCCGCGGGAGCGGGCCGCCUCGAACGAGGGCCUCUCUCGCGGGGAGCCUCGUCCUCGUCCUCGUCCUCCUCCUCCUCCUCU